GCUGCCUGAGCCAAUCAAAUGGCCGCUGCUGCUUCGAUUGGUAAGAAUUUCUGGUCAAUCAGAAGACAGAAGAUCGAAACCGCCAGCCGCUUAUUGGAGCGCCUGCUGCCGUUGCCCCGUAGGUCGAAUCGCGAAAAAAGUUGAACGUACCCCCAAGUGUCGAAAACAAGUGCGUGUGCCGUGUGAGGAAAAAUAGUGUCCGAGUUGUUGCGUACGCGUCGCGAAAUUAAAAUAACAUUUCCCGUUCCCACUGUCAGCUUUUUCAGCUGUUAAUUAGUGAAUCAGAGCCGUUUGUCGAAUUGAGAGAAGCCAAAUCAUCAGAAAACAAAAAGCGGAUGGCCGGUCAAUCCAGUCACAGCAGUACAUCGGGAAAAAUGAGCGAAGCUCAGCAAAGCGUCGAAGAGUUCUGGCCGGAGGUGAUGCAGGAAAUGGUCAAAAUCAAACACGUCGAACCUGGCAACCAACUACUUCCGCUGGCACGGAUCAAAAAAAUUAUGAAGCUGGACGAGGACGUGAAAAUGAUAUCUGCCGAGGCUCCUCUGCUAUUCGCAAAAGCCGCCGAGAUUUUCAUCCAAGAGCUAACCCUCCGCGCCUGGCUACACACAGAAGAAAACAAACGACGAACGUUGCAGCGAAGCGAUAUCGCAAUGGCUAUUGCCAAAUACGAUCAGUUCGAUUUUCUGAUCGAUAUCGUCCCGCGGGAGGAAAUUAAACCCGCCCGGCGAGACUUCGAAACGAAACCGUCGACGGAUGAUGUCCAAUAUUAUCUACAGUUGGCACAACAGCAUCAGCAGGCUCUGCAGGAUAGUGGCAGUGGGAGUGGGAGUUCGAGUAGUACAACGAAUGUGCUUCAAAUGCAGACCGCUCCCACGCUUACCCAGGUGAAACUACAGCAGCCUCAGGUUCAAACGUUGCAGCAGACCACGCCGCAGAUCACCGCCAUUGCUGCCCCAACCCAGAACAUCAUCCUCACCAACCCAGCGACGGGUCAAGCUACCAUACAAACUGCAGGAACAACCGCCAUAAACGCUACCCAGCUGACACAAGGUCAACCCCUUCAGCUUAUGCAGCAGGUGCUCACUUCUACGGGAGAAGUGACCCACAUACCCAUCCCACUGACCCAAAGCCAGCUUAACUUCAUCCGAUCCCAGAUACAGCUGGGUGGUGCCGGUACGGCAACAGCUACCCCAACGGCACAACCAACUGGGCAGCCGAUUAUCAUUCAGGCGCCGCAGCUUCAGGCUACACCUACAAUCAUUCAGACAGCUCCCACCGGGUUGUUCUUGAAUGCGGCACAGCUACAGCAGUUGCAGCAGCAGCAACAGCAACAUCAUAUCAUCCAACAAUCACCGAUACAUCAUCAGCAACAGCAACAACAACAACAUCAACAGCAGCAACAAUAUGAGUGAAUGCGAAUGUGUUUCAAUGCCGAAAAUGUAAAUAAUGUUUUAUAACAGAUUUUUACCAACUUGGUAUACAAUUAGGUUAAGCAAUAGUAUUGAUUGAGGUUGACAAAUAAGUAAAUAGUAAGUGUUUUAACGAUCGGCUAUUUUACUUUGAUUCGAAUGGGGUUGCUUGUGAUUUUUUCUUACAGUGGGAGGUAGCAUAACUUAUCAUGUUUUUUAUUCUCAUUCUUGUGAGACGCCGAGCUCCUCGAAAACAUAGAAACUCCCACGGAUUCGUCGCCUCAUUGGCUCCGUUACAGGAAAACUUGUCCGCGGCCCACCAGUGCCGCCCGUCAUCACACAUAGAAACUUCCACCGGCACCGAAAACGAGGAAACAAAAAACAACUCUAAAGCCCACAGCUUUACAGCAACAUUGCGUUAGUUUGGUUGUUAUGAGCUCCUACGCCUAACGCUUUGAUCUAACUUACAAUGAAUUUAUCUUACUUGAUGGAGUGCCUAAACAACCAUUGGCAAAAUAAGAACUAUUGGCAUACGUUGCAAAUAGGACGAUACUGGGUGUCAUUCUGGCACGUAAAAAGCUGAAUAACUCAAUGAAAACAAAUAGGUAACUCAACGUUCAACAUAUUUGAAUCGAAGAAGGCCAUUUUCAUCAGCACCUAUAGUGACAGAUACCGAAACUUGGCGAAAAGUCAAAAUGUAAUUUCAAAUUCUGAUUA